AUGAUAGUUAUGACCGACUACAGCCACGACCUCCCUAUAUUCUGGAGAGACCAUGGCGACAAGGCCGCCUACGAAGCGGCACGCACAAGAGUCUUCAGCACCAAACUCCCAGACCGCUACCCCACCGCCGUAGUGCGGCCCAGGACAGACAAUCACGUCGUCGACAGCAUCAGGCUUGCAGCCAAGCUUGGCGUCCGAGUGGCUAUUCGCUCGGGUGGUCAUAGUUGGGCGUUCUGGAGCAUCCGCCAGGACGCGGUGCUGAUUGAUCUGGUGGACUACAAGCAUGUCGAGUACGACGAGGCGACCAGAAUCGUCAAGACGACGACGAGCGUGACGAGCUCGGAGAUGACAGCCUUCAUGACGGAGAGAGGGAGGUUCAUUCCGACGGGGCACUGUGCUGGGGUGGGGUUGGGAGGCUUCAUGCUUCAAGGGGGAAUGGGCCAUAAUAGCAGGUCCUACGGGUAUAUGUGCGAGUACCUAAUCGGUCUCGAUGUUGCUACUACGAACGGAGAGAUCCAACACUGCGACGAACUUGAGAACUCUGACCUGUUUUGGGCUGCUCGUGGCUGUGGUCCAGGUUUCCCUGGAGUCGUUUUGAGGUUCUACUUCAAGACUCGACCGGCACCCAAAGUAUACAAAAGGAAUGUAUAUGUUUAUCCCAUAAGCCACUAUGAAGAGGUCAUGAGGUGGAUGGUCAGCGUGAUCCCAAGUAUUAGUAAGGAUAUCGAGAUAGCCGCCACCUCGGUCAUCCCACGAGGUCAGGACAGUCGCAUCCUAUUCGUACAAAGUACCGUCUGGGCAGACUCAGAAGAGGACGCGCGCUCCAAAUUGUCCCCUCUGAUCGACACACACCCCGCAGGUGCGGUCUUCAGCGAAGACUGUGGCGACACGACCUUCCAGCAAGAGUACGAAGAAGCAGAAAAGGCCGUCUGGGCCGAGAACCACCGUUACAUAGCCGACACGGUCUGGCUCGGCCAGGACAUCGACAUGGUCAGCGUUUGCAAGGAGGCCUUCAUGGACAUUCCCGACUGUGGCGUGGCCUUUUGGGAGCCCAUGAACCCCCUAAGCAGGAAAAGUCGUCCCUCCGGCGACAUGGCCUUGAGUAUCACUACCGACUAUUAUAUCGCGUUGUAUGCCAUCUAUCCGGACAGCAAGGACGAUGCGGUGAAUGAGGCUUGGGUAAAGAAGUAUAUGGCUACCCUGACGCCUUAUGCGGUGGGUACGUACCUUGGAGAUCACGACAUUCAGAUGAGGGAGACGAAGUACUGGUCGGAUGAGGCGGGGAAGAGGCUCAUGGCUAUUCGGAAGAAGUGGGAUCCGGAGGGAAGGAUCUGUGGAUAUCUGGAUAAGGGGGAUAAGUCGGGACGAGAUGGGUUGCCCAAUAGGCUACGUCAGCAGUUCUAG